GAGGCCUCGAUGGGACGCGAGGGAGCUGCUCCACUCAGGGGACAAAAUGCCGACUGCCAAGCAGCUAGCCGAUAUUGGCUACAAGACCUUCUCUACCUCUAUGAUGCUCCUCACUGGGUAUGGGGGCUACCUCUGCAGUGUCCGAGUCUACCACUAUUUCCAGCGGCGCAACUUGCGGCGCCAGGCCGCAGAAGAACAGAAGACCUCGGGAGUCCUGUAGGACUGGGGGCUUUUUCUCCUGAGCAGAGAGGCCUGGGGCAUGCUGUGGAAAGACCUCACCUGCCAUUAUUUCCAGGUCAAGAGGACUAGGCCAUUAAUGAUUUUCAAGCCCUGUUGGAAGAAAGUGCCCACGGUUUCUUUGGUUCUGCCAGUCAGUGCCAGUUUUACAGUUUGUGGAGGUGUUGAACCGUAAUAAGAAUGUGAGGGUGAGGUAUACCUACAGA